GGCGGCGGCGGCAGCGGCAGCGGGUGUGCGAGGCGCGGGCUGUUGUGCUCCCGGCUCUCCUCUUUGCCCUCCUUGGCGGGUGGAGGAGGCCGAAGCGGUGCUGGGCGCGCUUCCCUUUCCUUCCUUCCCUCCUCGACUUCCCCGGCCCUGUCGUGCUGCGCGGUCUCUCGGAGACCAGACUGUCCCGGCCCGGAUAUGGCUCGUGGACAGCAGAAGAUUCAGUCUCAGCAGAAAAAUGCCAAGAAGCAAGCUGGACAAAAGAAGAAACAAGGACAUGACCAAAAGGCUGCUGCCAAGGCUGCCUUAAUAUAUACCUGCACAGUCUGUAGGACACAAAUGCCAGACCCUAAGACCUUCAAGCAGCACUUUGAGAGCAAGCAUCCCAAGACUCCGCUUCCUCCAGAACUGGCUGAUGUUCAGGCCUAAAGUUGUUUACAGGUGAAUUCAUGACACCUUUGACUCUUCUACUGUCUCAGACCUUAGGUAACAAACCUGCAGCUGCUUUUUUAACAAACUGUUGAUCAGCAAAAUCAAGGGGCUACAGAAGCACUCAUUUUUAUGCUGUUCCCUUUUGGGCUUCAUGCAAAGACAAUUCUGUGUAAAUGUACAGUUGACUCUGAUUUGGAAAUCUGAAAAAUCAGUCCAUCCUUGUUAUAAAAAUUUUUUUACAAUUGUAAUUAUAUUGCUGUUCAUAUUGUGUAAAAUAACUCAUUUAAUAAAGUAGUACUUUGAUUUUACAACAUCACAGGAUAAAUGGUUCUAAAUAUUCUGUUCUAACUUUUCCUUAUUAUUUGCCUUACUAUUAUCAAAAUUCAGUGAAUUCAUCAGCCAGAAUUGCAAGAACAGUUCCUUUCUCCUUUCUCAGCUCAGUGGCAGGUUUGUUAAACUAGAGCAGACUCGUUCCUUAAAACUGUGCACAUGGUUUUACUGGCAGCUGAUGAUCUAGGUUGCAGAAUGGCGUGUCUGCUGCCUUAGCAUAUUGUAGUUACAUGUCAUUGCCCACCUCUGAUCACUCCCCAUGUUUCAAGUUGGAAUAUUUAAACUUGCCCCAUGAACUGGCUCUACCUAAGAAACUGAGAAAUUCAUAAAAGUAAUUGUAUUGUCAGUAGCCCUUGUGGAAGAUUAGGUUCUGAAGAACAUGCCAUAAUAAAAUAGUUAUUGCGUCUCUUGUUUAUUAUGAAAUGUGAUGGAACAAAUGUGAAGUGGUAAAGAUCUAUAUUUUAUAAAUUACACUAGAUUUUUUUGCUAAUUAUUCAUUUUCUUUAAUUUGAAAUCAAAUCAUUUUUGAAGGAAUUUUUGAAAGUUACUAUUUAGUUGAUUUUAUGAAUGAAGUUUUGCAUUUAGCAGAAAGAUUGGAAUGAUUUGUGGCUGAUAAUUUCUAGAAUCAAGUGAAACCUUGAUUUUAGGAUCUUGGGAAUUGACUUAGUUCCUAAAAUCAAAGACUGUGUGCAGUAUGACUUCCAUCUGAAUUAGCAAAGUAUUAAAGUAGGCCAAUAUUCACUUUUUUUUUUUUUUUUUGGCUCUAAGGAUGGGGAAACCGCUUUGUUCAGCUGGAUAAGAAAUUCCAAUUAAGGAAGACUAGUUUUAGUGUUUUCCUCCUGUAACUCAUUUACAUUUUAAAAUGACUACACUAGGGAAAACACUAAAAGAAUCACUGGUAACUGCUUUGAGCUGAGCGUCUGGUCCUGUGGAGGACACCUGCAUCCCUCUGCUAUAACUCAGAACUGCAUUUUUGUAGCUUCACAUAGUCUGCCCACCUACUUUGUCUCCACCGUAAGUUUAAAGUAAACUGCUUGUAAGGAAAUGCUUCAUUGCUCAUAGUUCCUCAGCAACUCUUAUCCCUAGACAUUUAUUUUAAAGCACAGUCGUUUUGUUUCAUGUCUUUAAUUUCCUAAGUUUCAGACUCAAUAUCCAUUGUUUUCUAAUAUGCUGAUUACUAGAACAUUAGAAUUUAUCUGAUUGUGGAAUUUACAGGAGUCCUGGUUAAAUUACAAUUUAAAAGUCUUUGAAAGUGCUUUGAGCAUAUGUAUGUUUAUUUUUAGUAACAAAUCAUUUAAAGCCCAUUUGCAAGUUUUGUUUUUGUUUUUUCCCAUCAUUUGUUUGACUGACUGUAAUUCAGAAUAAAAGUUUUUUGUUCUUGGAUUUAACUAUUUUAUAAGCAGCUGAAGACACCAUAUUUAACUCAAUCUCAGUGAAAGGGAAGUAGUUGAAUUGAUCUUAUGUAAGACAUUCAUUCUUAAUAUGGGGAUUAUUAGUACAGUCCCCUUUUUGUGUUUGAGUUAAAUCUGACAUAAAGAGAAAAUUACAAGUCUUAAACAUCUCUAAUUUGAAGAUUCUUUAACAGAUCAGAGCAAAGUUUGUUUAAAAACUGUUAUGGUGUCUUCAAAGACUUGAUAUAAAGUACAUGGAUAGAGAAUUGGUUUGUUUGUAUUCUGUAUUUACAUUAGUUGCCAAAAAGAAUGGGGUUAAGAUUAAGCUUGUUUCCAUUCUAGUCAUGUGGGUCCGUGUCCCCGUGUUUAACUGACACACUUGGGGCCUCAGUUGUGUGCUGUAAUGUCUUAUUAAAGAGGAUGUUAAAGAAAACUUAAA